UUUCGAUUUCCUUCCUUUGGAAGAUGUGAAUUUGCAAUCUUUUUUCGCUGUUUUCGACGCAGAACGUGUGCACAAGAUCGAAAAUGUCGUCGAACUAGAAGUACUAGAAGAACAAGAAGGCUUCAUUACUCGUGGCGCGCAGCAACGACAACAAGGUACAUCAAAGGCGUGAAUUUGUAUUGUUAUACUUCCAAAAUUUAAGUUACACCAAAACACUUACCCCAAGAUGUAUCUGCCCCCGGCGGACGAUGUCGAAAAGGAGGAUAUCCUCAGUAAAAACGUACCCACACCAGAGUUGUAAUGCAAAUCUGCAUGCUGAAAAUGUUUCUCAUGCGGAGCCCCAUGAGAAGCAUUUUCUAGUCGUGUUUUGCAAUUUGUCAUGCUCCAAUCAGCAUGGUAUGCUAGAUCUGUGAUGCUGCUGAGCUAGCUCAAACCGCACUACACUACGAAUGCAAAUUUGUCAUGCAAAACAGCCAAAACUUGUGGAUUUGUCUAGCCGAUUCCCCAUCUUGACUAUGGUGUGGGUACGUUUUUACUCAGGAUAGAGGAGUACGCCGGUCUCACCGGCCCCGACCCCUGGAAGGCAGCGGAACCGCUCUACCCGUCUUACUAUGAACUGCAAAAGUAUCGCAUUCGUAUAAAUGCAUUGCAAAUUCUUUCAGCAAGAGAAAUAAAAUUUGUAAUGCUGAUUUACCUUAAGAAAAAGUUUUGUAAUGCAUGACUGCAAUUACUACGAGUACGAUACUUUUGCACAGGAUACUUACCUAGCAGAUACAAAACAGUCCGUCGCCUUCGAAGCUGCGCAGAAGGCGGCGAAGUACGCGCAAGUGGCGAACUAUUUCGAAAUAUCAAAUGCAAAAAUGUCUGGGUCUGGAAAAAUGGAAGGCUUGUCAUGCUUGUCUGGCAUGACCCAUGAUGAUUGUAAUGCAUGACCCAGCAUCACAGAUUUUUGGCAACUUUCUUGAUACCAUUUCCGCAUGACAAACGCCCUCCCCGCGUAGCACAAACUAGACUCCUCUUGCUGGUCAUGCAAUACAGAUUUUUUUAGAGUCCAAAGUCAGCAUCACAAGUUCCAACUUUCCAGAUCCAGACACUUUUGCAUUUGAUACGAAACCAUCGCGACCAAACACUGGCAGAUCGGACAGUCUUGCUAUGAACAGCAAAAAUAUCGUACUCGUUGUAAUUGUAAUCAUGCAUUACAAAUCUUUUCUUGAGGUAAAUCCGCAUUACAAAUUAUCUUUCUCAUGCAGCUGAGGAAAUUUGUAAUGCAUGUUGUAUAUGAGUGCGAUGCGUUAUUUGCAGUUAAUACUUGUAAGGAAAACGCGGUUUUAGCUUACCGGCAGGCGGAGAACGAGAAGUAUGAGAAGUCGUACGAGAGUUCGGAUUUGCUGAAAAAUUUGCGGAAAACCUGCGACCGCUUCAAGAACUGGCUGUUGGUUACGAAGAAGGAGGUAGAACCCGAUUUUGGAAGUGCGAAUAGAGAAGCGGAGGAGGAUGCGGCGAAGGUGAAGGAAGGCGGUGGAGAGGGAGACGGUACAACAACUGGAGGUGGCGCAGGAGAAGACGCUGAGAGCACCUUAUCACCAGAAGAAGGCGGGAUAGCCGAACCCCCAGGAGACGACGUGUCCGGAGCCGCUGCGUCUUCUGCAACACCAGAAGACAACCAAGAUCCGUCAAACGAAUUUAUUCGGAACAAAGCGCUACUGACUUCCGCCCCGGUAAUGAAAGCCAGGGUGUUGUGCGGGAAUUUGGUAUCCACAGUAAAUCUCCCGUACACGUAGUACAAAUGCGGCCUCUGCAUGACAAAUUUGGGUUUCGAUCCUAGUUUAGCAUGACAAGUGUGGCACUCCAAAUUGGUGAAAUUUGUGAUGCAUCUUGUACAUCAUGUACGGGAAAUCUGUAUUGCAUAUAUGGAACGGCAGAUUUUGGCGUCCAACAUGAAUUCGAGUUCGGGUAACAAGCAGGGGCAGCUUUACAUCACGCCGCCAAACACCUACUAUCAACUGUAAAAAUGUCUGGGUCUGGAAGAAUUCAUGUUUGUCAUGCUUGUCUGGCAUGACUCUUAAAUCUGUCAUGCAUGUUACCCAAGAGCUCCGUUUUUCUGUGAUGCAGAAACGCAGUUUGUCAUGCAGAAUAGGCAACACCUAGGAGAGCAGAAACUUGUCAUGCUGAGCCAGCAUUUGUAGCGUCAUCAUGAGACGCCACCCAGCAUCACAAGUUUCCAGACCCAGACAUUUUUACUUUUGAUACCUACCCUCGCAUGCCGAUCUGGCCGCCGGCGCAGACGGAUUUGAGCGCUUUUGUGGGGGAGGAGUCCAGGAUAGGGGCGGGAAUGAUGGGCGGAAGUAGUGCUGGUGGUUUUUCCGCGUCUUCUUCUGGUGGAGGAGGAGGUGCGGCAGAUAUGAUGAUGUCAAACGUUUUGAUGAAAUGACGUUCAGAGCACGUUUUCGACGCGAAUGUUUCCGUUUCUGAGUUUCUGUUUCCAAGAAGUUGAAGAGUAAACGCUUAUAGAUGCGCUCAAGCCUGCUCUCGUUUGAGG